GGCUGAAGCAUCCUUUCCACCCCAUAUUUCUCUUCAUGUCUCAACACCAGCCACAUCUCGGAAAAUCCCAUCCUGUGGCGCAUGAACCCCCGAAAUAAUUUGGCCAUCGUCAGUUGGAGCUUCUUCCGAAACCUCGAAUCAUCCCCAGCAUAGCGUCAAUGUCGAUACCAAGAUGUUGUACGAACUCAUAGGAAUUGUGCGACCGGGCUCCCUCGCCGAGGUGAAAGAAAUUGCCCUCACCGCCGGCCAAAUCGUCCUCCGCAACGGCGGCGUCAUCCGCGGCAUCUCAAACUGGGGCGUCUUCACCCUCCCGCGCCCCGUCGCAAAGGCCCAGAUGAAGCACAAGACGGGCCACUACUUUGUCAUGCGCUACGACGCCUCCUCCGCCACACACACCGACAUGCGCACCACCAUCAAUCUCGACCCCCGCGUCAUCCGCACCGCACACGUCAAGCUCGGCAACGGCAAGCUCGAGACCAUGGCCCGCUUCGGAGACGUCAAGUGGGAUCAGUGAAAGGCGUUUGAAGACAGGAGACGUCUCUCUCUCAAUGCGGGAGAUAUGGAAAAUAGAAUGCCGAUGACCCUGACCUCGGGAUGAGGGAUUGGUAGCCGCAUGGCGUGGGUUUGAGUUUUACCCGCGUGGAAGACGGGAAUCAUGGCUCGCGGGCCUCAAAAUGACAGUCGUUGUAUGAUACGGGAUCCACCCCGAGCCGGCGCCGGGGACAUUUGAUUGCGCAUGUAUAAAGCCGACGAUAGUUCGGAGUGUAUAACUACGUGGCACGCCACUGAUACAAAUUGGACGCAAAGGUUCUCUAAACCACUGCGUUUAAAAAAAAAUAUGCACCUUUUCUUUCAC